GCCGCGAGGCGGCAGCCCACCCACCCCGGCCUCCGGAGAGGUGCUGCCCCCAGCCCCCGAGCCCUCCCGGGGGCGCCAGGAAGGCGCCUUGGGCCAGGCCUCAGGAAAACGUGGUCUUAGCUGUGGGGAGUCUCGAGCAGGCCUCGACCCCUCUUCCUAACCGAGAGGAGGCUCAGCGCCUCACCCUCACCCCGUCUUUGUGCAGGGCGCCGGCGGCCAUUGUGUCCGGGUGGGGAAUGGAGAACCCGGCCGCCCCCCACCGCCACGUCCAGGGCCUUUGGGGAAUUCAAAGAAAAUCAGCGGCGUUUGUGGGGGGUCUCCGGCCUUCAGCCUCCGGGAAAGGCCCGGGGGCGGCCUUUCCGAAGUCAUAUCGCAGAUCCGCGGCAGUUCCCCGCUCCCAGAGUCCCUCAUCGAAAUCUUGAGCCCCUUUGAGAAGUCCCUUCUGGGUUUUGGAAGCCUCACCCUGGGCUGGUACUUAAAUAGUAAAAAAAAAAAAAAAAAAAAACGUACUAAACUAAACCCAUACCAGCCACCUCCGGGAGAGUUCUCCUGGCUCCCAGUAGGAGGCGGAGAGCCAAGGGGCGUGCAAGAGCGAGGGGGCUGGGCUCCCCGGUGGCAGGAGGCCGCGGCUGCGGAGCGGCCGCCCUCGAUCCGGUUGAUGUAGGAGGAAGCAAGCGAGGGGGCUGGUUCCUGAGCUUCGCAAUUCCUGUGUCGCCUUCUGGGCUCCCAGCCUGCCGGGUCGCAUGAUCCCUCCGGCUGGAGCUGCUUAUUUUGCCAGCCGCCGCGAGGCCGGCUGAGUUGCAGGCAUCCCGGCCGCCACCUCCUCUCCCGGCCUAUGAUACAAAAGAUCUUCCGGGGGCUGCACCUGCCUGCUGUCGCCUGAGACGGAUUUGAAUCUCUUUCUCUCCCUUCAGAACCUUAUCUUGGCUUUGGAUCUUAGAAGAGAAUCACUAAGCAGAGCCCAGACUCAGUGAGUGAGCAGGUGUUUUGGACAAUGGACUGGUUGAGCCCAUCCCUGUUAUAAAGAUGUCUCAGAGCAAUCGGGAGCUGGUGGUUGACUUUCUCUCCUACAAGCUUUCCCAGAAAGGAUACAGCUGGAGUCAGUUUAGUGAUGUGGAAGAAAACAGGACUGAGGCCUCAGAAGGGGCUGAAUCAGAGCUGGAGACCCCCAGUGCCAUCAAUGGCAACCCAUCCUGGCAUCUGGCGGACAGUCCUGCGGUGAAUGGAGCCACUGGCCACAGCAGCAGCUUGGAUGCUCGGGAGGUGAUCCCCAUGGCAGCAGUGAAGCAAGCACUGAGGGAAGCCGGCGACGAGUUUGAACUGCGGUACCGGCGGGCAUUCAGUGACCUGACAUCCCAGCUCCACAUCACCCUAGGGACAGCAUAUCAGAGCUUUGAACAGGUAGUGAACGAACUCUUCCGGGAUGGGGUAAACUGGGGUCGCAUUGUGGCCUUUUUCUCCUUCGGCGGGGCCCUGUGCGUGGAAAGCGUAGACAAGGAGAUGCAGGUAUUGGUGAGUCGGAUCGCAACUUGGAUGGCCACUUACCUGAAUGACCACCUAGAGCCUUGGAUCCAGGAGAACGGCGGCUGGGACACUUUUGUGGAACUCUACGGGAACAAUGCAGCAGCCGAGAGCCGGAAGGGCCAGGAGCGCUUCAACCGCUGGUUCCUGACAGGCAUGACUGUGGCCGGCGUGGUUCUGCUGGGCUCGCUCUUCAGCCGGAAAUGACCAGACACUGACCACCCACUUACCCUCCUGCCCCCACCCUGCCCCACCACAUCCCUCCGUCCAGCCACCAUUGCCACCAGGAGAACCACUACAUGCAUAUCACACCCAUCCACCAUCACAGGGUUGGGCCUAAACUUGGUCCCCUGCAGUUAGUUUUCUAGAAUCUACCACGCUUCUGUGAGAGCCACCCUUGCCGACACCUCAGUUCUCUUGGCCUCACAAUCCAGAGUUUCCCCCAAACCUGCCCCACUGAAGCUGGCAGAUGUGGGGGGAGUUUGUGCUGGGGGCGGGAGGGCCCUGCCUGAUUGGUGGACCCUCACCCUUUCACCUCCAAGAAUGCUUUCCUGCCAGGGAGCUGAAAAGUUUUCUGAACCUCUUCGCCAGAAAGAAAGACUAGAUUGCCUUUGUUUCGAUGUUUGUGGCCUCAGAAUUUAUCAUUUCCCAUUGACCCUAGACCUGGGUUCCCCUUCUUUCCAUCCCUACCCCCAGAGCCAUUUGGGGGCCAGUUUUGACUAAUUAGGUGUUCAGGCUGCUUAGAAUAAAGAAGCAAAGAUGGGGACUCCCUCCCCACCUCUGGCCUGGCCAAAGUCCCCACUUCCAGUCUGAAUGUUUUCCAGAGGUCUCUGACUAGAGGCCCCACCCCAGAGGGAGGGGGCUACAGCUGCAGGAAGCACCCCAUGCCAAAGCUAAGGUGGCCCUUGCAGUUUUGCACCAGCCUAGUCCCUUCCCCUCUCCCAGCUCCCCUGACCAUGACCAAGGGACCAACAGGGCCCAAGCAGGUGCCCAGAGCUGUUGAUGGCCUCAGCUGCCUCACUUCCUGCACGGAGAUCAGCCUUGGCAUCUUUGCCUUGGGCUGCUUCCCAUGGGGUCCAGGUGUUGAGGGGCCUUGGCCCAGAGGUGAAGGGGGGCUAUAGGAGCAGCUAUGGGAGCCCUAGGGUCUUCCCUACCUCAGGCAGGAAGCGCAGGAAGGAGAGCCUGGUUCUCGGGGUGGAGGUGGGGAGGGGUCAGUCCCGCCUGGCCGGGCAGAUUUGCCCAACCCCGUCCAGCCUGGGCAGCUGGGCUGCCAGGGCCAGAAUGGCCUCAGGAGUCCUUCAGGCCUGUCUCUCCUCUGUUCCACCCUUGGCCUGUCAUCUCUGGGGGGCCUAGCCCAGCCCUGGCCAUCCCGGGCUCUCUGCUGUACAUAUUCGAGACUAGUUUUUAUUCCUUGUGAAGAUGAUAUACUAUUUUUGUUAAGCGUGUCUGUAUUUAUGUGUGAGGAGCUGCUGGCUUGCUGUGCGUGUGCACGUGGAGAGCUGGUGCCCGGAGAUUGGACGGCCUGAUGCUCCCUUCCCCUGCCCUGGUCCAGGGAAACUGGCUGGGGUCCUGACUCCUGAGGGGCACCUGUCCCUCCCCCAACCCCCUUGCUCUUUGAAAUAGUCGGUGUGAAAGUGAAAGUGCAGUUCAGUAAUAAACUGUGUUACUUCAGUGA